UUAAUCUGGCCAAAGUAUACGGAAGAGGCCGCCCAUACCUCCAGGCAACAAUAUUCGCCCAUCGGCCAUAAAUUCUACCAUCAUGCGAGCAAACGCUUGCUCCAUUGGCUAUGUCGCGCUUUCCAUUUUUUCCUCCCUCGCCAUGACGGACGCGUACAAAGUCGAUCCGACAGUCCAACAAAAUCAAUUAGACGCACAACCACAAGCAGCAGCAGCAUGGUUGCCUCACUGGACAUCCGAUCGCAGCACCUUCUGGUUUCGCCGCCAGGAUUCCACUUUCAUGUAUGUGGAUUCCGACCACGGCGUGCACGAGCCUGCAUUCGAUCACGAGGGUGUGGCAAAGGCCCUUAGACUUAAUGGUAUUGAGGCGGAUGCUGCGAAGCUUCCUUUCGAUUCAAUCCAAGUGGGAGAUGAUUGCGAAACUGUGAAGUUUCGCGCAGGAGAAAAGAGUUGGGAGUGGAGGAAGAACGGAACGUUGGUGGCGUUUGAGGGUGAAGUGGACGACGUGGGCCAGUUGAAGCCUGUGCCUUAUGAGCAACCGCCAGCUGAAGGCUCUAAAGAGACAAAGAUUAAGUUUCUCAAUGAGAUGGAUCGCAAAGUCUCGGUGUAUUGGGUCAACUCGCUUGGUAAGGAGAAACAUUAUCAUGAUGUUCAGGCUGGGAAAAAGGCGUCGCAACAGACGUAUGAGGGUCACGUUUGGCGGGUGCGAGAUACUUCAUCUGGCGAGGUGAUUGCGAGUUUCGCCGCUGGAGCUGAAGAGAAGACGGCUGUGAUCAAGAAGGGCCUUCAACCCCCUAAAAUCUUGGCAGAGCCUGUCGAUGACCUUGAAAAACGCCAGGCGAACUGGACGGGGCCCGGCGGAACGUUCAUCAAAGACAACAACGUCUGGUUCCGCGACGCGGAUGGACAAGAGACGCAGAUGUCAACUACGGGAACCCCCAACAGUUCUUUCGACAACUACACAUACUACUCGUCGGACAUGAAGUUCGGUGUUGUACUGCAAUUCACGCCGGAGCAAGAGCACAUCGUUUACGAAGUCGAAUCCAGCCCAUACGACCAGCUCCAACCCCGUUUGAAGCAAUUCCAUUAUUUGAAGCCUGGCGACAGAAUGCGUAUUGACCGACCGCGAAUGUUCGACUUGACUACCAAGAAGGAGAUUCCUACGGAUGACGCACUGUUCAAGAAUCCUUACAGUAUUUCAGCACUUAGUGGGGGUGGAUGGAAUGAUGAGAGUACCGAAUUUCGCUUCGUUUUCAAUGAAAGAGGGCACCAGGCCUUACGUGUAAUUGGUAUGAACACCCAAGGAAAUGUCCGGGCUAUCAUAGAGGAGACGAGUAAGACGUUCAUCGACUAUGCGCACAAAUUGUACUAUCGGGAGGUUUCGAACACGAGCGAUAUGAUUUGGGCGAGUGAGCGAGAUGGGUGGAACCAUCUUUAUCUCCACGACCUGAAGACUGGUGAAGUCAAGAACCAGAUCACAAAGGGAGAAUGGGUCGUGCGAUCUGUCGACUACGUGGAUGAAACAGCACAGCGUAUCUGGCUCAAGGUUUUCGGUGCUGUGCCCAACCAGGAUCCUUAUUACGCCCACUUAGCUCGUGUCAACUUCGAUGGCACCGAUUUCAAGAUCCUAACAGAAGGCGAUGGAUCACACAGUUGGUCCUUCAGCCCCGACCGCAAAACCUUCACAGACACAUGGUCGCGCAUGGACAUGGCCGCCAAAACCGUAACCCGCGACGCCGAAAGCGGAAACGAAACCAGCGUCCUCGAAGAAGGCAACCUCGACUCCGUCUACUGGCCAAUCCCAGAGCGCUUCUCGGCACUAGGACGCGACAGCGAGACCCUAAUCUACGGCCUCAUCUUCCGUCCCCUGGACAUGGACCCCAAUGCCACAUACCCAGUAAUAGAGCGCAUAUACGCCGGACCCCAGGACUUCUCGGUGCCCAAAGAAUACUCCCUCGACAGCGAUGCACACCGACUUGCUAACCGUGGCUUCAUUGUCGUCGUCAUCGACGGCAUGGGCACCAACUGGCGCUCAAAGGCUUUCCACGACGUCUGCCACAAGAACCUCCGUGACGCAGGGUUCCCAGAUCGCAUCUCCUGGAUGAAAGCAGCAGCCGCUACACGCCCAUACAUGGACACCACCCGCGUCGGAAUCUACGGCACUUCAGCCGGUGGCCAGAACGCCAUGGGAGCUCUCCUCUUCCACGGCGAUUUCUACAAAGCCGCAGUCGCGGACAGCGGGUGUCACGAUAACCGCAUGGACAAGCUGUGGUGGAACGAAGCGUGGAUGGGAUACCCCGUGGACCAGUCGUACGAGGAUAGCUCGAACAUGGUCAACGCGGGAAAUCUGCAGGGGAACUUGAUGUUGGUUGUUGGGGAGCUGGAUACGAAUGUGGAUCCGGCGAGCACCAUGCAGGUCGUCAACCGGCUCAACCAGCUUGAUAAGGAUUAUGAUCUUUUGUUCAUGCCGGGGCAAGGGCAUGGUGUGGGCGGGUUUGAUAUGUCGGCGCUUAGGAAGAGGUCCGAGUUUUUGGAGAGGCAUUUGAAGUGA